UAACAAAAAGAAAAGUACAUAAUGCAAUGUAAAAAAAAAAAAGUAUUCAAUGCAUUGUAAGCAAAAGGAAAGUUUGUAAUGCAUUGCAACCAAAAGAAAAGUUUGCAAUGCAGUGUAACCAAAAGUUUAUAAUGCAUUGCAUCCAAAAGAAAAGUUUCUAAUGCAAUGUGACCAAAAUUAAAGGUUGGAUUGGUUACAUCCAGGCCUGCCUGCAGCUGGAGCUGAAGCUGUGGGCUCAGCUCUGCCUCCCACCACAUGCUGCAUGUUAUAAACUGCAUUUUGAAGAGCUGCCUGUGCUCCUGCACCCCUCCCUGAAGCUGUUGGUUUUGCAGGGAUGCUGAGGAAGCUGCAGAUCCAGCAGGAGGAGGACCUGCAGUGCGUGGUGGAGGUGGCAGCCCAGAUGUUCAGCGACGGCGUCACCAACUGGGGCCGGGUGGUGACCCUCAUCGCCUUCGGGGCCUUCGUGGCCAAGCACCUCAAGAGCAUCCAGCAGGAGCAGAGCGUCAGCAGCCUGGCUGGGAUCAUCACCGACGCCCUGGUGAACUCCAAGAGGGAGUGGCUGGAGAGCCAGGGGGGCUGGGUGAGUCACCAUUCCUGGGAUUCCGGAGCUUUCCCCGACAUUCCGGCCUUCUCCUGCUCCCGGGGUGGGGGGCAGUGCUGGCUCGCUGUCGCCAGGGGGGUUUGUGGGCUGGCUGAGGUGGUUUGAGGUGAAAAGCAGCUUUUGGAGUGUUCCUGCCUCCAGCUUGGAGGCAGCAUUGCCAAAAUCAGGGCAGCAG